CCUUAGUAAUUUCAGCGUAAAAAGAAGCCUAAGCAGACCCGUCGCCUACAGCGACGCGGAACCCUUCCCUAUUUUCCCCCGUCCGACUCCAUUCUCCGCUUGGUUUUACGAUCUGCUUCAAUUCUCAGUUCUGAAGAUCUCAAACCCUAAUCGUUGGCCAUAGGAACCAGGGGACUGCUUCGCUCAACGGACUUGGCUCGUCAUCGUGCACUAGUUUCCUCUCUUAUUCUGUCAGUUAUCUGCACUUUUUCUUUUGAAGCCAGGUCGUCUAGCUGAUGGCUGAGAGAGCUUGUGUGAAACGGCUUCAAAAGGAAUACCAUGCCCUCUGUAAGGAACCAGUUCCCCAGAUUGUAGCCUGUCCAUCACCCAGUGAUAUCCUAGAAUGGCACUAUGUUCUCGAGGGAAGCGCUGGCACACCGUUUCAAGGUGGAUAUUAUUAUGGAAAAGUCAAAUUUCCUCCUGAAUAUCCAUACAAGCCUCCAAGCAUUAGCAUGAUAACUCCUAGUGGACGAUUUGCACCUCACAAAAAGAUCUGCUUAUCUAUGAGUGAUUUUCAUCCAGAGAGUUGGAACCCAAUCUGGUCUGUCUCAAGCAUUCUUACAGGACUUCUCUCUUUUAUGAUGGAUGAUAGUCAAACUACGGGAAGCAUUAAGAGUACAGAUGAUGAAAAGCGACGCUUGGCCAAGGCUUCGCUUGCAUAUAAUUGUGAAAGCAAAAACUGCCCAAAUUUCAAAAAACUAUUCCCGGAAUAUGUAGAGAAGCAUAAUCAGCUCCGUGCCUUGGAACAAUCUGUUUCAGAGCAACCAACUCAGAAUCAGCAAACGAAUCCCACUCCAUCAACCACAUAUGAAUCAGCCAAAAGACCAGAAAAUGCUGUAGAACAGAACAUUCCAGCAAACAUUGUGAGGAACAGGCGGCAUACCAGAAAUGUCUCCCUUUGGCAUCUUUUGCUACUUGCAUCUGUCUUCGGUGUAGUCAUGGCUUUGCCUCUCUUCCAGCUUUGACAUCCGAUUCUGCUAUGCUAAUUUUAUAUGAAUCUUCUGCUUGCCUUUGUGUUGGAUAUUGCAGAAUCAAACGGAUCUAUUUGUUGUGGCAAAAAAAAUUUCAAUCUCUUCGUAGUAUUUUUUGAUUUUUUCGGUGAAGGUGGAUUCUAUCUUUAUUUUGUUCGUUGUUUGUGUUUAGGCAUAUGAUUUCUUAAUGUUGGAAAAAAUAUGAUUAAAAUCGAAUAGUUAAUGGGAUAUAUAGCUCCCAUGAGACGACCA